AUAUUCCCAAGUCCGUGUCAGUUGUCAGUGUACAUACAUCUAGACAUCUAAUCGGCUACUAGUGCUUUUAUUUAUUAUUUUUUGUUGUGUACAUUCCCAAAACGUGACUGGUGAUUACCUACUAGUAAUAGUAUAUAGAAAUGAAGUGGUUUGCUACCAAGAUUACUAUUAUAAUCGUCUUUGAGAUUUUUAUUAAUUUUACUUCUGCGGAAGUAGAAGACCAAGUGAUAACAGCCGUUAUAUUUUAUGAGCCUCUUUGUCCGUAUACAGAAGGAUUUAUUAAACAAGAAGUCAAUCCAUUUUUUGAAGGACACUUAUCGAAGUUCGUUAAAUUGAAGAUAGUACCGUACGAUUCUAGACCUGCAGUCGGAAAAUUUUUAUGCAAUGGUAACCGAAGAACGUCAUGCUCCCUUGGUAUGAUUGUCCCUACGGAAAAUAAUACAAAUAUCCAUUCUAACUCACAUUGUUUAAAAAGAGCCAUACAAUUUAUUAGAUAUUUGAGAGAUCAGUUUCAACAAGUGUCUGUCGACGAUAUUGAUCAAAAAUGCGAAGUUGCUGCUUUAGGAUCUCAUUUUCCAGAUAUACAUAAAUUUCCAAAAGUUCAAUUGGGAACAUAUUACCCUAUAAACAACGAUACUCUUGAUGAACUGCAAUCUACUUUAGACAAUAUGUCGCAAGAGUAUUUUGGAUCCCAAAAAGAAUUCCAGAGUCACAUAUUUUACUCAUUUGACUACAAUCCAAAAAAAGAAUGUAUAGAGAGGUUGCAGAGAAGUAACUCUGGCUCAUAUGGGAAAUAUUCGAUAAAUAUGUUGGCUCCAUUGCUUCUGUUAGUGUUGUAUGUAAUUACUAAACUUUAAAAACUCAAUAAUAUGUAACUAAUAAAAAUUUGUCUGAUAUAUUAUUAUACAAGACUAUUAUUAUUAUACAAGAAUAAAAGUUAUUUCUACUUAACCAAAAUUGAAAGUAUUCCUGAAUUUGAGGAGAACUAAAUCUAAGAAAGUAAUGAGUUUUAGAUAUAGAAAAUGCUUUAUAAAAAUGAAAGAGUUUUCUAGAUGAAAUAUUUUGAAAAAAAAUGUGUGUAGGAUUGUACAUUUAUUAAAUAUAAGAAAUUCGUAAUUUUCUUUUGUAGUUCACCCUGUAUACGAAUAUUUGUCAAUGAUUUCUGUUAAACUUAAUUUGAAAACUAGAACGCAUUGUUAACCUUAUUAUAUAAAAUAAAAAAUUAUUUAGGUAUGUA